UAUGUUACAAUUGCGGUGAACAAGGACAUAUCAGUACCAAUUGCGAGAAGCCACGGCAAAACAACAAUUACCGUAACAAUGCAGGAGGAAGUCAGCCGAAAUAAUGCGAACUCCACCACACAAAUCAAGGUUCGCCCAAAUAUGGAUAGCUCGCCGAUCGACAUUG